GGUAGAGAUUAGUUUUGUUAUGGAGCAUAAACUGGCGGAGUUCAGAGCCCGGCGGGCCGCCAGACAGGACGGAGGAGCUGUCUGUCUGUCCGAAACACCAGCCACUGUCCUGUCUGACGGCGGAGGUGAAGCAGAGACAGCAGCGGCCAGCAGACAGACAGAGGAGCUGAGCAAAAGUACAAGUGCGACCCCAAGAGACAGCACCCAGGCCGAGGAUCGCUGGGACUGGCUACGGGACAGUGCUCUGGGAAGAUGGCUGGUUUCAGGGAAGUUUGCCUUCUCCACCCUGACUCUGCUCAAAGUGAUGCUGUGGCUGGUUCUCCUCGGACUGUUUGCCGAGCUGGAUUUCGGCUUGCCUUUUUUCCUCAUCUCACUCUUCUACUGGCUUUAUGAAGGACUGCGCAGCCCUGCUGCCCGCCAGCCCGGAGAGCUUAGCGCCUAUUCUGUCUUCAACCCAGACUGUCAGCCUCUCUUGGGCACCCUGACUGCUGAGCAGCUGGAGGGAGAAAUGGGCUACAGACCAGUGGCCAACAGAUAACAACACUCCCUGGGAUGGAAACACUUGAUUUCUAAAAUAGACAUCUCAGACGAUAAUUUGCACCAUAAUGAAUUCAUGUUUUUUGUCACUGAAACUGUAACUAAUAAAAUUAACUUUAUUGUAAAUCUAAUCUGAACAUCAGGGGUGGGCAACCAUGUGCCAUAGUGAGGCGAGAGGCUGAAGGUUUUCAUUCCAACCAAAAACUCCACCAGGUGAUUUCACUGAU